CAACCACUAAAACACAAGACAUUGUCACCAUGCCUCGCAAGACGCUUCGUAUACUAUGCUUUGGAGACUCCCUAACCUCGGGAUAUUUCUGCCAUGGCAUGGACUCACAUCCAUACGCUCUCAAGCUGGAAGACCGGCUCACCGGGACGUUUCCCGAAGUGGACUUUGAGAUCGUGCUGAAUGCUGUGCCAGGCGAUGUUGCUUCUUUCAAGCGCUUCAAAGAUAGAAUGGAUGCUGCUUGGGAGGAUAAAUCUUACGACUGGACAAUUAUCCUCGGCGGUACGAACGAUAUAGCGUACGGUGUCCCGCCUGAAAAUAUCUUUUCCGCCCUUAAGGAUAUAUACGAUGUCCCUCUGAGCCGAGAAUCCAAGGUCCUCGCUCUAACGGUCCCUGAGUGCCAGUCAAAAAGCAAGAGAGGCACGUCGUCAAGAAACGAGCUCAACCAGAGCAUCCUCAAGAACAAGGACACGGGAUAUUACGCCUUUGACCUUCAUUCCAAGAUACCCUACCAUUCGCUCUCAGAACGGGAUCGCGAAAGGUACUGGGAUGACGGUCUCCAUCUUCGAGACGAGGGCUACGACUGGAUGGGUAAUCACAUCGCCGACGCCCUCAUAGACAUCCUCUGGAGCGAAGGCACAUUUGAAGAGCCCCCCAACUCCAAACCCUCAGAAGUCUUGGCACUGGAGGAUGAACUCCAGUUCGAUGAAGAGGAUGGCAACCCUCGGAAUAUCAAUGAAGGAUACGUGGUAGUCCGCAAGAAAGACUUGGACUAAAGCUUUUGGCUUAUUAAAAUUGCCAGUCUAGAACCAAAGGGAUUCAUAUGCUAUGCAUUGGACAUAAACAGCCCUUGGUCAUCCCAACCCCUAAACGCCAUAUCCACUACAAGGUUCUAAUCCGUCCCUUUCUCAUACAACAAGGGUUGCGGCAACAAAUUCCUAUUAAAUAGAGUCAGUACGAGAUUAAC